CGCAUUUGCUUCUCUGUCCAUUUAAAUCCUCAUUAUCUCUGCAACUCUUCAGAGCCAAAAAAACGAACUUGAAUCGAAACAAUUAUUAAGCUCAAAAUGCUCGGAGAUUGUUGCUUGUUUCCGUUCCUCCGGUGCCGGAAGUAUGAACCAGGUGACGGGGAAGCUGAUCUUGAUCCUGUACUUCUCAUCGCCGGUAUCGGUGGCACCAUUUUGAAUUCGAAGAACAAGAAGUUUGGGUACGAGAUUAGGGUUUGGGUUCGGAUACUGUUAGCUGAUUUGGAGUUCAAGAGAAAGCUCUGGUCCAUCUAUAAUCCUAAAACAGGUUAUACAGAGCUAUUGGAUGAUGGGAGUGAAAUAGUAGUGCCCGAGGAUGACUACGGACUAUAUGCGAUUGAUAUUUUAGACUCUUCAUGGUGGGCAAAAGGUUUUCACAUUUCAGAUGUAUAUCAGUUUCAUGAUAUGAUUGAUAUGCUUAUUGGAUGCGGGUACAAGAAGGGAAGCACGUUGUUUGGACAUGGUUAUGACUUCCGUCAAAGCAAUAGAAUUGACAAAGCAAUGGAUGGUCUAAAAGAAAAACUGGCUGCAAUCUACAAGGCUUCUGGGGGGAGAAAAGUGAAUAUCAUUUCACAUUCGAUGGGUGGAUUGCUUGUGUCAUGUUUCCUGUCACUUCAUAAUGACGUUUUUGAGAAGUAUGUCAACAAGUGGAUUUGCAUUGGAUGUCCGUUUCAAGGUGCACCAGGAUGCAUCAAUGAUUCUCUUUUGACAGGACUGCAGUUUGUCUAUGGCCUUGAAAGCUACUUCUUUGUAUCCAGAUGGACAAUGCAUCAGCUGCUAGUUGAAUGCCCAUCUAUCUAUGAGAUGUUGGCGAAUCCAAAUUUCAAGUGGAAACAGCAACCUCUAAUUCAGGUUUGGAGAAAGCAAUCUGAAGACAAGGAAGAUUCUUCGGUCAAAUUGGAAUCUUACGGCCCCAAUGACUGUACUUCUUUGUUUGAAGAAGCAUUGAGGAAUAAUGAGUUGAAUUAUGGUGGAAAGUCAGUAGCUCUACCAUUCAAUUUCAGUAUACAUAACUGGGCUUCUGUGACACGUGAAGUUCUCAACAAAGCUCGACUUCCAAGUGGUGUCAGCUUCUAUAACAUCUAUGGAACAUCAUUGGACACGCCUUUUGAUGUUUGCUAUGGUUCAGAAACCUCUCCUAUAGAUGACUUGUCCGAAAUAUGCCACUCAUUGCCUCAGUAUUCUUAUGUGGAUGGAGAUGGGACUGUUCCUGCUGAGUCAGCUAAGGCUGAUGGUUUUGCAGCAGAGGAAAGGGUAGGAGUUGCCGCUAAUCAUCGAGGACUGUUAUGUAAUAACGCAAGCUUUCAGCUAAUCCAGAAGUGGUUGGGUGUAACCCAAAAGUCUCUCAAUAAUGCAAAGACUUCCAGAGUAAUGGAUGAAUUUUCAACUGAAGAUGCUUGUUCAAAGAGACAAAGUACGUGUCAACUUAUUUGAAAAGGGUUGGGAGUUGAUAAGAAUUCACACCACAAAGGUUCUCAUGCUGCUUGGGAGUGUUGGAGUGCAACAGUAUUUUCGGUACAGAAAGUGUUUAGGGAAUCAAUCAAAAAUUCUUUCCAGUACUCCACAGGCUUCCAGAGUGAGAAGAUGAUAACUAAAGUGCAGUUCUUGCUUUGGAGCUCGUUGGGCUAAGUUAGAGUAGUCAUUGGUCAUUAUUUGAUUCAUAUACAUGUAUAUAGAAGCUCGAAUCAAAUCCUCUUUACCAA